AAAGCACCAUGAAACUUGAGAAACAAUUUUCUCUGAUCUUCAUCCUUGCGCUCUUCCUCUUCAACAGCUCAAUAACCCUGGUCUCUUCAGAAGAUGAAGAUGAGAAUGAGAAGGUCGAGUUUAACUACGAGGAGGGAGGGGAUAUUGGGCCGGAGAAAUGGGGGGAGAUCAAGGAGGAGUGGGCUCUGUGCGGCGAAGGAAAGAUGCAGUCGCCGGUCAACGUCGUCCACGACCACGUGAACGUGACCGCGCUUCCCGAGUCAGGGGCUCUCAGCCGAUCGUACCACCCGGCGCCGGCCCUUUUGAAGAAUCGCGGGCAUGACAUCAUGCUCAAGUGGGAAGAUGAGGCAGGAUCUCUAUGGAUCAACGAGACCCAGUACAUUCUUAAGCAGCUUCACUGGCAUUCACCUUCUGAGCAUGAAGUCAAUGGCCGAAGGUACCCUCUAGAGAUGCAUAUGGUUCAUGAGAGUGAUGAUAAGAAGGCAGCCGUUGUGAGCUCCCUCUACACAAUUGGAAGGCAAGAUCCAUUCCUUGCCAGGGUGGAGGAUUACAUCGCGAAGGUUGGUGAGGCGACGGGUAAGGAAGAGAAGGUGGGGAUAAUGGAUCCGAGGGAGACGAAGAGAGGGAGCGGGAAGUACUACAGAUACGUGGGCUCUCUCACCGUGCCUCCUUGCACUGAAGGUGUCGUCUGGACCAUUGAAGAGAAGGUGAGGACUGUGGCAAGGAAGCAGGUGGAGCUAUUGAGAGAAGCUGUGCAUGAUGACUUUAAAAUGAAUGCAAGGCCCGUUCAGAUGCUAAAUGAUAGGAUUGUUUCCAUGUUUCGUCCUGUUGACGUUCAAAAUUAGAGUUGGACUAUACGUACAUGGUGCAAUCUUGGGAAGCAUACAUGAUGUAUAAUUAUGUUGGAUGGAGUUUCUUUUAAAAUGUUUUCUUUUCCCUGUAUUUAUGCUUUAUUUUAGUCUUGUAAGGCAUAAAUAAAAUCUCAGUACUUGUUGUCUAUUAUAUUUGCAAGCCCCCAGUUACGUUGUAA